GGCUCGCCUCGAAACUCCUGUGUUGCUCGGCGGCCAUCUUGGAUCUCAGUCUAAACGAGAAGCGACAGACACGGCAGCUCUGAUGGAAUGGAACCGUUAACGAACGAAUUCUCGCCGCGGCCCAAACGCCAGUGAGCGCCCUGCUGCUGCCGUAACCGGUGAAUAUUAUCGGACAGUCUGACUGAAGGAUCGUCGGAUGAGCAGAUUGUCUUUGGGGCAAAUCGCAGCGGAACUGCGGAGGCCCUGCGAAGUGCAAUUUUCUAUAUUCUUACUUGAACCGGACAUCCGAGAUAUGAAACAGACAACGGCGCAAGGCCAGAAAGUAUUAUGUUAUUAUUAGAGCACUAGUUAAGGUUCCUUUAACCGAUCGCGUUUGGUAUUUGGCAACGUUAGUCUGUUUGAUGGCUGUACGUCGAUUUUAAAACACAAUAACGCGAGACCGUGAGCAUCCGGUACAUAUUAUCCAAACUUUCAAUAAGUUUGCUAUCAGUGUUAGAAAAUAAAUAAAUGAUAUUAGUCAAACGUGAAAAUUGUGAAAUUCGUAUUUUCCCAUUCGUUGCAUCGCUUAAACCAGUGCUUAUUUGGUAAAUCCGGAAAAGCGGCUCGCCAUCAACAAGAUGUCAACAACAAGAGCACCGCUUCCCACCGUCAACGAGAAGAAAGCCGAAAACCACACGACAAAUGGCCAUGGCCGGGCAGAAGUGACCUCUCGGUCGGUGCGGUCGAGUGGUCGAAACAGGAAUUCUGGAUCAGGGUUGGAAGAUGUGCACCCUGUUAUUGGGAAUUACCGACUUCUGAAAACCAUAGGAAAGGGCAACUUCGCCAAGGUCAAACUGGCUCGCCAUAUCCUCACAGGAAGCGAGGUGGCAAUAAAAAUGAUUGACAAAACCCAACUGAAUCCAACAAGCCUUCAGAAGCUUUCCAGAGAAGUAACAAUCAUGAAGAAUUUAAACCACCCAAAUAUCGUCAAACUGUUUGAGGUGAUCGAGACAGAGAAGACUCUGUUUCUGGUGAUGGAAUAUGCCAGUGGAGGUGAGGUGUUUGACUACCUGGUGGCUCACGGGAGGAUGAAAGAGAAAGAGGCCAGAGCUAAAUUUAGACAGAUUGUAUCAGCUGUGCAGUAUUGUCACCAAAAACACAUCGUGCACAGAGAUUUAAAGGCUGAAAACCUGCUUCUAGAUGCUGAUAUGAACAUUAAGAUUGCUGAUUUUGGCUUCAGUAAUGAGUUCAUGGUGGGAAAUAAGCUGGAUACAUUCUGUGGCAGCCCACCGUACGCUGCCCCGGAGUUAUUUCAGGGUAAGAAGUACGAUGGGCCGGAGGUGGACGUAUGGAGUUUGGGGGUUAUACUCUACACGCUGGUCAGCGGGUCCCUGCCCUUCGAUGGCCAGAAUCUCAAGGAACUACGUGAACGCGUGUUACGCGGUAAAUAUCGCAUUCCUUUCUACAUGUCCACCGACUGCGAGAAUCUUCUCAAGAGGUUUCUAGUCCUAAACCCUGCCAAGAGGGGAACUUUAGAGCAAAUCAUGAAAGAGCGCUGGAUCAAUGCUGGCUUCGAUGAUGAUGAGCUCAAACCCUAUGCUGAACCAGAUACUGACAUCUCCGAUCAGAAGAGAAUAGAUGUCAUCGUGGGCAUGGGCUUCUCCAAAGAUAAGAUUCAAGAGUCUUUGUCUAAAAUGAACUAUGAUGAGAUCACCGCCGUAUACUUACUGCUGGCCAGAAAGACAAAUGAGGAGGUCAUUGAAUCCAGCUCCAAUAGUAAUCUGUCGGUGGCAAAGACCAGACCCACCAGCGAGAUGAACGGCCAAUCACCAUCUCACCUGAAGGUCCAGAGAAGCGUUUCUACCAGUGAAUCCAGAAAAUCCAGACGCCACAGUGAUCAGGUUGGUAUCACUAACUCAGGGUUGAGUAACUCAAAGAAGACUGUCCCUGGCACAGCUGAUGGUGAUGUAAAACAGGAGGGUGGGGUCACAGCACGCAAGCCCCCCUCUCACAGCCCUCCCAGCCCGCUGCUGGGUAAUGCCAACAACCCCAACAAAACAGAAAUACCCGAGCGCAAGAGAGGCAGCACCAUUACUCCUAAUAAUAACUCUGGAUCCGGAGGCAUAUCUAGAAGAAACACGUAUAUGUGCACUGAUAGAAACAACACAGAGCGCCUUUCAGUUAUUCCAAAUGGGAAAGAAAACAGCGUGUCAUUGUCUCCUGGCUCUCGGGACCCCGGGGCGUCCACUCAUAGCAUCAGCACCGCCACCACACCUGAUAAAACACGUUUUCCACGAGGCACAGCGAGCCGCAGCACCUUUCACGGACAGCUUAGGGAUCGGCGCACGGCCACCUACAACGGCCCUCCUGCCUCGCCCACUCAACCACGCAGCCGCGGUAAUGCCAACAACCUGCUCACCAAGCUCACCUCCAAACUGACACGCAGAAAUAUGUCAUUCAGGUUUUCCAAAAGUCGCCAUGUAUCUGGGGAUCAGCAAAAAGAUGAAGGGAAAGAUGGAAAAGACGGCAAACCCCGCUCUCUCCGUUUCACCUGGAGUAUGAACACCACCAGCACCAUGGAGCCGGCCGACAUCAUAAAUGAGAUCUGCAAAGUUCUGGACGCCAACAGCUGCACUUACCAGCAGCGCGAAUGCUUUCUGCUUCUCUGUGCCCACGGGGACAGCCGCUCCGACAGCCUUGUCCACUGGGAGAUGGAGGUUUGCAAACUGCCCCGGCUCUCACUUAAUGGUGUCCGUUUUAAGAGGAUAUCCGGCAAUUCCAUCGCUUUUAAGAACAUUGCUUCCAAAGUUGCAGGCGAACUCAAGCUAUGAAUAUAUAUCUUUAAUGUAUCUACAUAGAGGAAUUUAUGAAAUGGUUCAGUAUAGACAAAUUAAGGUGUACAAUCGUAAAAGUAGCAGUUACAGAAUGUUUUUUCUUUCUUAAAAUAAAACUACUUACGUACAUGUAUUUGAAAAAUGUAUAUACUUUAACAUUGCUUAAAGCAAUAAUUUCUUAACAUCGUUCAAACAUUUAUUGUAUUCUUGUGCGAGUCGUUCAAUGAUGUAAAAGAAAACAAGAUUAAACCGUUCAGUGUUACGAUUGUAUGCACCUCACAAGAAGCUCUGAGAAUGUUCAGAGAGGAAGUGACUCAUUGCCAUCAACAUCAUUUCAUGUUGAUAUGCCUGAUCAUUUAGGAAAUGGAUGCUGGAUGGAGAUUUGAUGGUUUUAUUUUAGCUUUUAAUAGGCACUAUUCUGUGGUGGUUUUAAUUAUUGCGUGUUUUGAGCUGCCCUUGUGUAAAGGGUUUGCCCGGACCUUAAAAAAGUUGCUUAUGACUUUCAAAUUUGCUCUGCAUCUAUAUUUUAAAGGUGCUCAUCUGUGAAAACGGCUGCAGUAAAUCUGAUCUGCGUUCAGUUUCACUGUUUGAGUGUUACAAAGUGCAAGGUUUAGAUGUUUGAUAAUUUAUUUCACAUUAUUGCCCACUCGUGUAUUUUGUGUAAAUAAUAAUGUACUUUGUGGUAACUACACAUUUUCAUACUUUUGCUUUCGGAGUCUUAUACCAAAAGGGCAUCUUGUUAUCUUUUACUUAAGACUCCCAAUAGAUCGCAUUAAAAUAUCUGUAAUUUGUCACAGUGUUCAUUGCAGAAAUCUAAUACAGUUAUAAAGUCA